UCGCGAUGCGUCGUGGUGCUGGCCACCACACCAUGCUGUGAGCACCAAGCAACUCUGGUGUUGCCACGUUGUCGGCUGGGGCCAUUGUCAAGUGUUCCGUGCUACCUCUGGGUACUCUCACCGUAGAAAGCGCUGCACCUCUUUUUCUGGCAUAUGUGUGAGUCUCGUAUCCAUAUUUGCUGCUGUAUAUGUAUCGUCUGCCUAUUGUCUUUUAUUCUUCUGCAACGACACCUGCAAAUACGGCGUCACGGCCACUGGCAGCAACUGCGGGCGCCAUCACCCGCUCUUCAAACCCAAGUAUAUAAUUUGAGGGAAGUGGACGCAUCUAUAAAGUCGAUAGGAACUUGUAUAGCUUGCACUUUAUCUAGUGCGCUAGAUGCACAUGUCGUUUGCUAACAAUUGAGUGCUGCUCACGAGCAUCAUGAGAAA